AUGGCUGGCCACGGCAACAUGCUCACUCACUUCCGAGGAGCUGCCAUUCUGGCGCCUUGGGUUCUUUGGUUGCUUGUGGCAGAUACCGCCAUCUCACUGCAGCUCCCGCUGAAAUGGCUCGCUCCGGAAUUCGUGUACAACUCCUCGUCACGGAUCGCCGAGACAGUUUGGUACUGGAUCCAGAUCAUCUUUGAAAGAUAUAAUGGCGCCAACAUUACAUUUUCCGGCGAUGCCCUUCCCCGCGGGGAGUCGGCUGUAGUAGUCGCCAACCACGUCGGAUGGGCGGACUUUUACAUGAUCCAAGCUCUCGCGAUUAAAGCCGGCAUGCUGGGUCGUUGCCGUUACUUUGCCAAGAUCCAGCUGCGGAUA